UCAAGAAGUCCCUCUGCCGCGUCACGCGUUGUUUUCCCUGCGCUCUGAAGACAGAGCUUGCGGGGCGCCUGGCCUCAACCCGUGGGACAGCAGCGGGGUCCGAGCCAUGGCUGAAAGCGGCCGGACACCUCAGGCCCGGGCGCUCCUGCAGCAGUGCGUGCAUGCCCGGCUGCAAGUGCACCCCGCCGAAGGGGACUCCGCGGCCCAGUGGGUGGAGGUUCAGAGAGGAUUAGUGAUCUACGUGUGCUUUUUCAAGGGAGCUGAUAAAGAACUUCUUCCCAAAAUGGUUAAUACACUGCUAAACGUGAAAUUAAGUGAAACAGAAAAUGGAAAGCACGUCUCUAUAUUGGAUCUACCCGGCAACAUUCUUAUUAUCCCUCAAGCCACCCUUGGCGGGAAAGUAAAAGGAAGAAACAUGCAGUAUCACUCUAACUCUGGAAAAGAAGAAGGGUUAGAACUUUAUUCCCAGUUUGUGACUCUAUGUGAAAAAGAAUUAGCUGCUAACAGCAAGUGCGCUGAAGCCGGGGUUGUGGUGAAACAUGGCACUUACGGGAACAGGCAAGUGUUAAAGCUGGAUACCAAUGGACCAUUCACGCACCUGAUUGAGUUUUGAAAAAUUAAAAGUCAGUUUCUACAGUUGUUUCCUGGUAUAAAGUGAUCUGGACUAUAGUUGGAUUUCGCCCCCCCACCCCUUCUUCUUGAAUAAACUGAUCUGCAGCAUUUUUAGAUGAGAAAUCCUGGGUCCAAUUCUUAACUCUGCAACCUGCUAAUUGAAUGACCUUGCUAGUCACCUAAAUUCUGGAUCUCAGUCAUUGUUCAUUCUGCUUUUCCCUACGCUUUAAUUUGAAAUUUUGAGAAAUGCUUUCUAUUUACUUUAUGGUCAUUGUGGAAAUGUUCUUAGAGAGCUAUAUUUAAGUAUUUUGCAAUGACGAGUUAUCAAGAAAAAUAUAUUUCAAAAAAAUAUAUAUAUUUCUUACACCCUUAAAUUUAUGUAGUAUGUAAUAAAAACAAAUAUUAAAGUUGGGUAAAAUCUAGCAAAAACAAAUUGCAAUUUUGUCAGUUUUGCUUUACUAUUCAGUUUUCUAUAUUUUGAACAAAAGAUUAUGCAGUUUAUUGUUCCUUUUAAUAUCUAUGAAAAUGUAAUAAAUGUUACUGUGUAUUAUAUUACUUUCCAAGCAUAUCCAAGUGUUUUAAAAUUAUUUUAAGAAUGGUUAGUUGACAUAGGAAGAGGUAUUAAAAGGUGUUUUUAUUUAAUAUACCAAUGGAUUAAUACUUCUCAUUUUUUUACCAAAACAAUGUACAUCUCAUAUUUAGUCUUUUGCCUUUUUUUUCCCUACUCAAACCAACUAAGCCACUUG